AUGCUACUCUCGGAAAAGGAGCCCAUUGCCAUAAUUGGUAUGGCAUGUCGCUUCCCAGGAGGUUGUGAUUCUCCCUCAAAACUCUGGGAUUUGAUUAAGUCACCGCGCGAUCUAUCCAAGCGUAUACCUACGGACCGUUAUGAUACGACAGGGUUUUAUCAUGCCAACGGAUCACAGCAUGGAGCUUCAGAUGCAACAAAGGCAUAUUUCAUUGAAGAAGAUGUGACUCGCUUCGACAAUGGGUUUUUCAACAUCCAACCGGCGGAAGCCGAGGCUAUUGAUCCACAGCAGCGCUUGGUCAUGGAAACUGUCUAUGAUUCGCUGUAUCUGUUCUGGUGGCCAAACAAUCGAAGCUUUGAAAGGCUCAAAAACAUUCGGGAUCUAACAUACACCCUGCAGACACGCUGGUCAACGCUUCCUUACCGCAAGCCCAUCAUUGCCACCAAUAUCGAGGGCGCAAUCAAGAAGAUCGAUGGCUUGCUAGCCGACGAUACCAACUCUAGCGAUAGUGGUCUGGCCACCCGCUACUACGAUGUCACAAGACCUAAAGUUCUUGGUAUAUUCACGGGUCAGGGUGCUCAGUGGCCUCGCAUGGGUGCACAGCUACUUGAAUUGUCACCAUUUGCUUCACAGCGCAUUGCGGAGCUUCAGCGAGCCCUUGCCACUCUACCGGAUGGGGAUCGGCCCGCCUGGACACUGUACUCGCAGCUCCUCGCUAAUUCCAAGUCCUCUCGGCUUGCUGAGGCAGCUCUCGCUCAGCCACUGUGCACUGCUGUCCAAAUCGUGCUCGUAGAUUUACUGCGAGCAGCAGGAAUUGACAGGUGCGCCGUGGUCGGUCACUCAUCUGGUGAAAUUGGUGCAGCGUAUGCUGCGGGCUUUCUUUCGGCCUCUAACGCUAUUCGCGUUGCUUACUAUCGGGGUCUCUACGCCAAUCUGGCGCAGUCUGGAGGUCCAGGCGCCAUGAUGGCGGUUGGCACGUCAUAUGAGGAUGCACAAGAGUUCUGCGAGUUGGGUGACUUUGUUGGUCGAAUCCAGGUGGCAGCGCGCAAUUCCUCUGCCAGUAUCACGCUUUCUGGUGAUGAAGAUGUCAUCGAGGAGGCAGUUGCCAUUUUUCAGGAUGAAGGUAAAUUUGCACGUCGAUUGCGAGUUGACACCGCCUAUCACUCAACCCAUAUGUUGCCAUGCGCGAAGCCCUACCUCGAGGGUCUGGCAAGAGCCGGUUAUUGCGUUGACGAGGGCAAUGGUACGACUUGGUUCUCGAGUGUGGUUGAAGGUGGCCAUGUCAUGACGAAAGAGGAUGUUCAGCAAUCACAGUACUGGGUCGACAACAUGACAAGUGCUGUUCUAUUCGAGCCAGCUGUAUCGAAGGCUGUUGCUGAAAGCGGGCUUUUUGAUAUGGCCGUCGAGUUCGGUCCCCAUCCCGCACUGAAGGGACCUGCCCUUGACACGAUCCAACAGUCCACAGGUCAACAGAUUCCAUACGUGGGUCUGUUGGCCCGUAACAAAAGCGACCUUGAUGAGCUUGCCUCGGCACUUGGCUACUUGUGGUCGCAUCUUGGUGCCUCUUCAGUUGACUUCGAUGGCUUCGAAAAGCUCAUUUCUGGUGUUGACUCCCAGGAAAAGCAGAUUGUGACGGAUCUGCCUACAUAUCCUUUCGAUCACUCGCGCUCUUUUUACUCUCUCACUCGAACAGAUGAAGAGAUUUCGUGGCGAAAUGUCUUGCGUCUGUCCGAGAAUAGCUGGCUCCAAGGCCACGCCUUGCAAGGUCAAAGUGUUUUCCCGGCUAUGGGUUAUAUCUCUUUGGCUGUGGAAGCUGUCGCUGCCACCGCCGGAGAUCGCAAGCUAGGACUGAUCACGCUUGAAAACGUUGUUAUCGGUCGCGCUCUCUCGUUUGAUGAUGAAAACACCGGCGUGGAGACUAAGAUUACUCUCAGUGUGGUUCGAUCUACCAAUGACGAACUCACAGCUCGCAUCUCUUGUCAUUCUGGUUUACCAUUUGAUAGCGCAAAUCCGCUGGUCUUGAACUUCAGUGCUAUAGUUACCGCCAGCUUUCAUGAGCCGGAAAGUGACAUACUUCCUCCAGCUCGCCAUGACGAAAUCAAUCUGGUGAAUGCGGAAGCCGAGCGUCUCUAUUCUCAGUUCGUCAAACUUGGAUACAACUAUAGCUCUCCAUUGACAGGCGUGCGAUCAAUCAAACGCAAGAUGAGCUGGGCUAUUGGCGAUAUUGAGGAUGAGUCGGGUGAUGCUUGGGAAGACAAUCUCCUAGUCCAUCCAGGCUGGCUCGACUCGGCCAUCCAGACUGGGUUUGCAGCCUACAGCCACCCGCACGACAAUCGUCUCUUUACCCUCUGCGUGCCGACCUCCAUUCGCUCCGUUGUCAUCAACCCGUAUUUUUUUGCGAGGAAUCAUGAUCGUGCCCUUCAAUACCAGACAUCGUCCCGUCCGGCUCCUGAAGGUCAUAUGACAGUAGACAUUGAUAUCUUCACUGGCGGCUCGUCCCAGGUGCAUCCAUUUGUGCAGUUUGAAUCGAUUGAGAUGCAGCCAUUUGCCACACCCAUGCCUCGCGAUGACGCCGUGAUAUAUACACGCUACCAUUAUCGCUCAGAAGCUCCCGAUGCGACCACGGUUAUGGAUAGUGUUAUUGCGGAGAACGACGACAUGCUGUUUGCAUCCGAGCGUGUGGCGUUCUUUUAUCUUCGUCAAUUGAAGGAGGUCAUUACCGAGUGGGAAAGGUCGGACACCCCGGCUCACUUCCAGGUCUUGUUGGACUUCGCUAGUCGCGCUGUGGAAUCUGUGUCGCAGGGGCAGCAUCCCCAAGUACCGAGCAAUGCGUUGAAAGAUUCUCCAGCCUAUGUCCGUUCACUUAUUGCAAAGCACCAUGAUUACAACUAUAUGCGUCUGCUAGAGGCGGCUGGUGAUCACUUGGCUGAGCAGAUCCGCAGCGGCGGAGACGUCAGGGAGCAUCUCGUUAAAGACGGGUUACUGAAUCAGUUCUACCGAAGCCUUACAUCAAACCAGGGGCAAGAGAGUGCGAAUACUUGGUACGCCCGCACGGUGGCCCAGAUCACGUAUCGUUUCCCACGUGUACAUAUUCUGGAGAUUGGGGGCGGGUCCAGCGCUGGCUCGACUGCAUCAAUUCUCUCCGCCUUAGGCGAGUCUUUCUCAACUUAUACAUACACAGAAAUUUCCCCUGAAGCUUUCGAGGAGGCACAAGAGCGUCUCCGCGGGUUCGGUGACCGCUUGUCGCUUGCGACAUAUGAUCCCCACCAGCCUGCUGCAGAGCAGGGGCUAGAGGAAGGCUGCUAUGAUAUUGUGUUGGCAUCGAACAGUCUGUAUGCUGCCGAGGAUCUGGAUGAGAGACUAGCCAAUGCAAGAAAGCUGCUGCGACCCGGUGGCUACUUGGUUGCUCUUGAAAUUAACACCAACGACUCUCUGAGCUUGGGCACCAUUUUGGGUGGGCUACCCGAGGGACCUAGCCCAAGCCGUCGCAGCGCAUUAUCCCUGUCGCGGUGGGACGCGUUGGUCCGCAGGCACGGAUUUAGCGGUGUCGACACGCACACUCCUUUCUUCAACCCCAGCAACCCACAGUGGUUCUCCGUCUUUGUCAGUCAAGCUGUUGAUGAUCGUGUCAAUAGCUUGCGUACUCCUUUGAGUAGCCCGACGCAAAACAUAACUCACCUGGUUGUCGUCGGCGGUCGGACGGCGGCGGUCGCCCAACUUAGCCAGAAUGUCUGUGAUUUACUGAGAUCCCGAUAUGCGGCCGUUACUCGGAUCAAAUCGCUUGAGGAACUCAACAAACGGGGCCUCGAUUCUGGGAGCUCUGUCUUGUCGUUGACGGAAUUGGAUGAGCAGUUCCUUGAGACCCGUACUGAGGCCAAAAUCGACGCUCUCAAAAGUCUCUGCAGACAUGGUAGCAGUAUUCUGUGGGUGACAUACGAGGCCAGGGCCGGGUGUCCUUACUCGUCCAUUGUUCUCGGUUUAGCUCGUGUCCUUCGCCAUGAGUAUCCAGCAAUGACACUGCAGUUGCUCGAUUUCGAUGCGGCCACGACAGCGACGCCCCAUAUUCUAGCGGAGGCCCUUGUGCGCCUCGAACUCGGGGCGCGGUUCAAGAAAGAACAGAAUUACAACCUCCUCUGGUCAAUUGAGCCCGAAAAUCAUUAUGUCAACGGUCGCUUGUUGAUUCCACGACUACUCCCGUACACGGAAGCCAACAACCGGUACAACGCUUACCGCCGUGCAGUGGUAGAUCAAGUUGAUCUCCACGAGAAGAUUGUGGUACUAGAGCCAGCAGCCGAUGGGAAAGCUUUCGAGCUUGCCACAGUAUCCCCGCUACGUGUUCUGGCACCAUCUCAGCUAUAUGGCAAGACCGUGACUCUUCGGGUCGAAAAGUCGCUGCUGCAGGCCAUUAAAAUUCGAGACGCUGGCUAUUUCCAUUUGCUUAUUGGUACCGAAAUUGUGUCAGGACAACGUUUUGCUGCACUCUCCGAACUGGCCGUCGAGUCCCGCGCCUGUGUGCCUGUUGAAUGGACUGUGCGCUUGUCUGCAAAGGAUAGCAAUAUCAAUGGCUCGCUUAUUGAUGUUGCUACAAGUCUUCUUGCACAGACAAUCAUCGCCGGUGCGCCACGGUUUGGCGGUGUUGUUGUACACGAGGCAAGCCAGCGUAUCAAAGAUGCUUUGGACAUUGAGGCGGCUAGGGAAGGCGUGCGCGCUGUCUUUACAACGUCAGUGAAGAACACAGCAGCCCCCAAUCACAUAUCGCCAUAUAUCUUCAUUCAUGAAAGGCUCCCUGCUCGUCAAGCACAGGCUCUCUUACCACGCGAUGUCUCCAUGUUCAUUGACUUCUCAUCCGACGCUGGAGAGUUCGAUUCUGGUCUGAUUAGCCGUGCUUUGGAACUCAGAAAGGGUUCCAACUUGCCAGUACGGUUUACUUCAACUAAUUUCCUGCGUACCAAAUCUGGAUUUUCUCCGGAUGCAAAUGAGCACGAUGUGGACCAUAUUGGUCGAGCGCUCAAAGCUUCCUGGAGGGCAGUAACUAACCGAGUACGACUGCCCACGUCCAUUGCUCGCGAAGAGGUCCCAACUCUACCAUUGCAGGACACAACUGGCUUCCCUGUUUCAACCAAUACAUUCACUGUUGUUGAUUGGAGUUUUUCGACUGUGCAAACUUUUGUGCGGCCGAUUGACCAUGGGCCUAUUUUUCAAGCCGAUGGCACCUACUUGCUCGUUGGUCUCACGGGUGAGCUAGGACAGUCACUGUGUACUUGGAUGGUAGCCCAUGGAGCUCAAAACAUUGUUCUUACCAGUCGACGGCCCAAGGUGAGCCAGAGGUUCAUUGAUUCAUGUGCAUCCGAGGGAGCGAUCAUAAAAACGGUAUCCAUGGACGUCACUAGCCGGGAGUCAGUGCGCGUAGCCCAUGAUGAGAUCCGCACUGAGCUGCCGCCCAUCAUUGGCGUUGCUAAUGGUGCCAUGUUAAUGGAUGAUGCGUUAUUCGAUGACAUGAAAUUUGAGUCUCUCCAGCGGACAGCACCGCCCAAGAUUGAAGGUUCUGUCGUUUUAGACGAGUUCUUCUACGAUACGCCGCUCGAUUUCUUCAUCCUGUUUACGUCCUUGGCCAAUGUUGUCGGAAACACAGGUCAGUCCGCCUACAUCAUGGCCAAUCAGUUCAUGGCAGCUCUGGCAGCUCAUCGCCGUGACGUUCGUGGAGUUGCUGGCUCCGACAUGGCUAUCAGCUCAAUCCAGGGCUUGGGCUACUUUGAGCACGCUAAUCACCUGGACAAGGAUCACUUUACUCGCAUUGGGUAUCGCAAUGUUUCGGAGCAAGAUUUCCUUGGUCUUUUUGCAGAGACUGUUCUUGCUGGACGCCCUAGUGAGAAAGAUGGUUCAGAGGUCUGCACCGGUGUUUCCCCCUUCCGCGAGGGUGCGACACUACUCAGCAAUCCCUGUUUCAGUCAUCUUCUGCUACACGAUGCAGCUGAUGGUGGUCGACAAGGUGCUCGUGGGAAUGCUGGUAAAGCCGAGCGUCCUAGAACUGUGUCUGCUCCAGCCCCAGCUGUUCCAGCUGUUCCCACGUCUCCUCCUACCAAUGCCUUCACGGAGAUGGCGACCAGCUCAGAGGGGUCGGCAAGCCCACGUGGUAUACCAACGCCGCAAUCUUCCACUGAUACACCCCUAGAGACGCCUCUCGAUAAGCCUCUUGAUCUUUCAGAUGUCUUUAAGCAAAAAGAACUGUCGAUAUCUGCACUGAUGAAGCAGCAUGAAAAGUCAAAGCGGAAGGCAGUUCUCGGAUCUUCUACCGAGAUUAUUGAGCCGAUGGCCUUCGGGCAAAAGCGCUUCUGGUUCCUCCAUCACUACAUUGAGGACCCUACGACCUUCAAUAUCGCCUAUUCAUUCAAACUCAAUGGCACCAUUCGUACUGGUGAGCUUGCCAGGGCCGUUGAAACUGUGGCUGACAGGCAUGAAGCACUGCGUACGCGCUUCUUUUGGUCUAAUGACGAUACCAAGACACCUAUGCAAGGAAUCCUGUCGAAGUCCCUCGUGCAUCUGGAAACAGUUCAAAUUGAGUCCGAAGCUCAGGCGUUAGAAGAGCUCGAUGCGAUGCGUGAGCAAAAGUGGGACCUUGGCGACUGGAAGCAGCUGCGACUACGCCUGCUCUCACUUUCUGACACCGUGCACUACUUGCUCAUGGGAACACAUCACAUCUCAAUGGAUGGAUAUAGUAUGAACGUGCUGAUGCUUGAUAUUAAUCAAGUCUACAACCGCUCCGGAACCCCGCUAGUUCGCCUGGCUGAUGGCUCGCAAGCCCGUGAUUUUGGUCAGCAGCAGCUCCUCGCCUAUGAGGCGGGUAAGUUUCAGCCAGCCAUCAUAUACUACCGUCAGGCCCUAAAAUCUAUUGAUCUCUCGCGCCCCGUCGAGCUGCUUUCUUUUGCCCGUUCUCAGAUUCGUCAUCCGCUAGAAAGUUACAACAGCAAUGUGACCCGCGUCCGUCUCGAUCCCCAGACUACAGCACGCUUGAAGAGCCUUGCGCGCAGUCACAGAUCUACUUCAUUCCACGCGUAUCUAGCGGCACUGCAAGCGCUUCUCUUCCGCCUGUUGCCUACAGAGACUACAGAGAAGUUGAUCAUUGGUAUUGCCGAUGCCAAUCAAAUCGACGGCAAAUUCAUGGGCAGCAUCGGUAACUUCCUCAACGUGCUCCCGCUUCUAUUUGACCGCAACUCUGGUGGUCGUACUUUCGGGCAAGCGAUUGAGGAUACCCGCAACAAGGUUUAUGCGACUCUCGAGCACUCUGGAUUGCCUUUCGAUUUGCUUCUGGAUGAGCUAGCUGUGCCGCGAUCUAAUGCGUAUCCUCCCGUGUGCCAGAUCUUCAUGGACUACAAACUCUUUACGAGAGAGCAAGCGGAAAUGCCCUGGGCCGGAUGCAAAGUAAGUGAGCAUAAAUGGCACCCAGCAAGAGGUGCAUAUGACAUCGCACUUGAGAUCGUUGAGGAUCGAGAGAGUGCGUUGCUGGCCAUACAUACACAAGAUGCAUUGUACAGCAAAGAAUCGACCGAUCUGCUCAUGCGAAGCUAUGUCAACGUUUUGAAGGAGGUUGUGAAGCAAGGUGGUGAGAAGAUGAAGGUUGAGAAGCUGGAAAAAUGGGAUAAGGCCGAUAUUAAAACCGCAUUGGAACUUGGAAAGGGUUCUGACCUGCUGCUUCAGUGGCCCACUGUCGCACAUCGCAUUGAUGAGGUCAUUGCCCAAUUUCCUAACAACUUGGCUGUUAAGGAUGGUUUUGGCCGUGCUCUGACAUAUGCGGCUCUCGAUGAACAAGUUGAGAGCAUCGCACGCGCUCUUAGAGAGAGAAUUCCAGAUCAAUCCACUGAACAGUCCAUUGUUGGCGUUUUCCAGACGCCAUCUGCCGAUUGGAUUUCCUCUCUCAUCGCUAUUCUUCGUGUUGGUGCUAUAUACCUGCCUUUGGAUCUUAAAGUUUCCACCUCGCGCCUGAAUAGCUACGUGAAUGCGACACGACCAUCUUGCAUCCUUGUCGACGAUGAUACCAGAGAACGCCUCCAAGAGAUUGGUGUUGAGUCAAAGAGCUCCGUUUCUAUUAUCAACGUUUCCGACCUACCUGUUGCAGCUGAGACCAAAAUGGAAAGAACUGUCACAGCAGCCCAGAGCAAUCGUCCGGCAUAUAUCAUUUUCACCAGUGGUUCAACUGGCGAGCCGAAGGGCAUUGUGGUUAAGCAUGCCAGUUUCCGCGCUAUGGUUGAGGGCUUUGUUCGCGAAUGGGACAUUACCAACCUUGGCCGAGUUGUGCUUCAGCAAUUUGCCCUGACUUCUGAUGGCUCGCUAAAGCAGAUCGCUUCUGCAAUUACUACUGGCGGUUGUCUCCUGGUUGCCCCAACCGAUGCCCGUGGUGACCCAACAGAGCUGACCCGCCUCAUGGCUGAGCACAAUGUGACAUUCACUGUAGCAACGCCUUCUGAGUACAACAUGUGGUUUCGCUUUGCCUCGGAGGGUCUCCGCCGCUUUGAGCAAAUACUCCCCAACUUGCGCUUUUAUACAACUUACGGCCCUACCGAAGCAUCUGUGUCCACAAUGAAGGGUGUGGCUGAUGUCAACGAUCCCCACUUGACUGUUCCUAUUCCAGGUCGUGUCCUGCCUAACUACGCUGUUUAUAUCCUCGAUGAGGAGUCGCGACCGGUUCCUGCUGGCGUUCCGGGAGAAAUUGUCAUUGGCGGUGCUGGCGUUGGCUUGAAUGAAUACCUCAACCGGCCGGAAGCUACUGCAAAGCAAUUUGUCACAGACCCCUUUGCACCGCAUGAUAAGCACUCCAGUGGCUGGGGCCGUAUGUACCUCACUGGAGAUUAUGGCCGGCUCAAUUCCCGUGGUCUGUUGGCUAUCGAGGGUCGCGUCGCCGGUGAUGCCCAGGUGAAGGUACGGGGUUUCCGUGUCGAGCUUGCCGAAAUCGAGGGAGUCAUCAUCAAGGAAGCUGGAGGUGUAUUGGCCCUCGCCGUGGUGACUCUACGAACUGGAGAAGAAGACCACGAUGAUAUUCUCGCUGCGCAUGUGGUUAUUCAGAACAACCACGAAAAUAGUGAAGCACAGGUUGCCAAAAUCAUUGAGCAGCUGCGUACUCGCUUGAACGGUACUCUUCCUCAAUACAUGGUGCCAGCCAUCAUUGUGCCUGUUAGCGAAGUGCCUCUUACUGCCCACGGUAAAGUUGACCGAAAAGCCGUUCAAGCCUUUGCCCUACCAGAGGUAACAUCUUCUAUCGCCAAUCAGCCGGAGCUGCAGCAGGACUGGACUCCGAAUGAGCGUCGCCUUUCUGACCUUUGGGCUUCUGUUCUUCCGGUUCACUCAUUAGCCUCAGAAGCACUAUCAUCUCGAUCUAAUUUCUUCCGCGCCGGUGGUAACUCGUUGCUCCUGGUCAAGUUGCAGGCUCCUAUCAAGGAUGCAUUCGGUGAUGCACCACGCCUGAGCAAGCUCAUGAGCACUCCCGAAUUUGGAAACAUGGCCAUACUUCUUGAGAAUGAGGGCGCUGCCCCAGAUUGGGAUAAGGAGAUUGCGCUGGACUUACCAGACGGGAUUACCGCGAUAGGACAACAAACAAGGGGUUCGAAAAAGAGUGAUACUGGACUCCGCAUACUCGUCACAGGUGCCACCGGGUCUCUGGGCAAGCAAAUUAUUCCUCACUUGGCAGCAAAUGAGCGUGUUGCGCAGAUCAUUAUUUUGGCACGACCAAUCGAGGGGCGAGAAUCGUCUAGCCUGUUCUCUGGUCUCAGGGGCAAGAUUCAAAUCCUAUCAAACGAGCUACCAUCUCUCCCCGCAGAUGAAACUCCUGAGCUGGUAGAGCUUGACGUGAUCUUGCACAUCGCUGCUGACCGCAACUUCUGGGACGGAUAUGGUGCUCUCAAGCCUGUCAAUGUUACCAGCACCAAAGCACUUGCAAAGAUGGCUCUUCGCACAGGUGCCAAAUUGCAUGUUCUGAGCUCAGGUGCCUUGGCAGAUUAUCAGACAGAUGAUAGAGAUGACUUGCCUCGACCGGAUCCUGCUCAUGGCUAUGUUUCUUCAAAGUGGGUAGCUGAGCGAUACCUCGCCAGUGCAGCGCGUCAUCUCGGCCUCCAGGUGACGACACAUCGACCUACCAAGACUCCUGUGGAUGACAGUCAUGUCACUUCAACUGAACUCAACGAACUAGAACAUGCCCUGGUGCGCGCUUAUCUCGAAAUUUCGCCUCGUCUCGGUGUUCGGCCAGACUUUGCCAGGCUUGGUGGCACUUUCGACGUCGCCCCAGUUGAUGAUGUGGCUGUCGCUAUAGCCACUGCUGUCGCCCGGGAUGAAAGCUCGGGCAAUGCUAUGCGUAUCCUUGACUACCCUGGCACGGCGGUUCUCCGGACAGAUGUCACUGCGGCAUACGCAGAGGAGCUUUUCCAACGGAAGGAGAAUAAGGCUAUCUGGAGUCUUCCAACCGUCCCAGCAUUGCACUGGGUUGGACAGGCAAAGCGUGCAGGGCUUUUUGAGUGGUUCAUCACCGCACAGGAAUUAGUUGUCACUGAUUCUGAUGGAAGGAGAGCGGUUUCAAAGAGAUGA